UCAACACAUGUUUAAUAUGCAUGUAUAUAUAGAUUUAGCACUGGGCUCACGCAAGUCAUUCAGUGUUACCUGAACAGUCAAGGAAAAAUAUCAAGAUGAGACAGUUUGUUAUAUGCGCCCUGGUUCUUGUUUUGACCAUUGCAUACGUACAGUCAGUAUGUGUCCACAAUGGUAUCAAAUACAAGGAAGGUGAGAGAUAUCUAGAUGACUGCAACAGAUGUAAAUGUGGAAAAGGUGGAAAAGGGUUGUGUACCAGAAAAGGAUGUCCACCUAAAGUAUGCACGUACAACGGGAAGAAAUACGGGGCCGGGGAACAGUUUAUGGACUCGGACAACUGUAACGGGUGCACGUGCUCUGCCGAUGGGACCGUUGGCUGUACCGAGAUGGCGUGUAUUUAACAACGUCGUAUAAAACACCAAUAUGAUCGAAAACACCAGUACCAACAAGAAUUACAUGUAGUUAAUGUUUUCACAGGGGUGUGAUCAUUUGAUACCGCUUUGUACAUACAUGUACAUGAAUGUUGUUUCACUGUAAAAUAAACAUCAAAAAAGACAAAUAAACAACAUGUAUCAAAUUAAAGAAUACUUUAAUAAAAAUUAAAAAAAAA